CCUACACACUUACAAGCGACAACCCGGGACGAGAGGGAUAUCCACGCCCGGUACUUCGUAUUCUUUUUAGUCACCAAAACAAAUCGAAACAACUCCAACUUCCUCAAACUCAGUGCCAAGUCAUCCCACCAGAUUAUGUCUUUCUUCCAUACCGGAGCCUCCUCCGCUUCCAGUGACGCCGCCCCCGUCGUCAUAAUGUCCACCUCAACUCCAGCCUUUUCCUUUGGCCAAGUCCAAGAUCCCUCCUCCUUAAGCCACCAUCACAACCACAACCACAAUCACAAUCACAACCACAACAAUAACAACAACAGUAGUGAUACGCCAACGCCGUCGACCUUCCCCUCUUUCACCACCUCCUUCUCCUCGCCAUACCAACCCCAAUACCGACCAAAAAUCAGCUCUCCCCUCUCUUCCUCGCCCAUCCGCCCAUUCGAUACAAUGUCCCGAUCUUCACCACCAGGUUCACCGACCUCGAAACCACGAGGGAUCUUUGGAGGCCAGUCACAAUCAUCACCUAUCUUUGGGUCGUUUUUGCAAAGUCAAGGACAGGGACAGGGACAGGGACAAGGGCAAGCCUCAGGUCAGCAUGGACAGGCAGAUGGAGCACAACAGCAGUUAGACGGGGGGAACACCAACAACAACAACAAAUUCCUAAAAUACAACUCCCGGCCCUCUCGACCUAUGAACCAUCCCUCCUUCUCCUCCAACCGCAAAGAAGACCGACGGCGUUUGUUUUUGCAGAAUGUGAGGCAACGAGCGGACGACAAGGCGUGGGAGAGGAGAGGUGGAGAGAAUGAGCUCCUAAAACUAGAAUGGCUCCGCUUCAACCGCGAACUCCGCCUCGCAAAAGAAGCCUCCGCCCCUCCCGACCCUUUCAACUCCUCUCAAUUCCACACCGGUACCGGCGGUGGUGACGACGGUUCUGCUGCUUCUGCUCUCGAGCAAGAAAUCGAAGAACUCGCGCAGCUACGAGCAAAGUUCAACCACCAGCAACAAUUUCUCGAAGGCCUAUUGGAAGAUCAACCACCAGGAACAGGGACAGGGGGAGAACAGGAUAUAGAUGCUUAUAUGGCGGAUAUGAUUGCGCGAGAGGAGGAGGCGGAGUUGGAGGCCUUGUUGGCGCUUAAUCAGCAGGCGCAGGAGGAUUUGAGGGCAAGAGAAGGGCAGCAGGGGCAACAAGGGCAGCAACAAGAACGACAACGAGGGGACGAUUAUAUGGAGGAGGAGGGGGAGGAUGAUGAGUACGAUGCGCUGUUUAUGGAGGUUUUGGCGCAGCAGCAACAGCAACAGCAGCAACAACAACCAAGUGGUGGUGGUGGUGGUGGUGGUGAUGCGGGGAUACAGCAUCAUCACCACAGUCAGGACGACGUGGAAAUGGGAGGGUAAAUACCAUGGUGACGCUUGAUAGUUUUCUUGCGCUUUGUUCAUAUCGUGGGGCACAUAUUGGAUUCAUAGCUUGCAUUUGCAUAGGACAAGGAGUUCGGGUUACAUUCAUCGAGGAUUGAUUGUGUUCGGAGACACAAAAGGAACACAGCCAAUAGUCAUUUUCAGA